GCAUAUGAAGCAAAAAGAAGCUGUUAUGCUUCGGUAGGAAGGGACAAGUAUGAUUUUACUGCCCGGUAGAAUCAUAGUUAAAGUUAGUCUGGAAUACUAACGUAGUUAAAGCGAGUUCACCCCAAACUGGCUGAGUAAUCAGCGGGGUCUCCACAGUCGUGCUUCCACGCCCACUGCCAGCAUUUAUUGACACUGCAUCCGACACAUAUUUAGGGACACAUCUUUUCGAGUAUGCGCUUCGAUCAGUCUACGCCGCCCGCACCGGCGGGAAAUGAUGGACGAGAACCGGUAUCGGAGCAGACGCCUCUCCUGGCUGAUCAACCCCAGCCGGCGGUUGAGGAUGCGGAGCCAAGCACAAAGCGAUUGCUCUUAGUUUUGUGUAGCGUAUGGGUGGGAGUCUUUCUUGCAGCACUUGACAUUACUGUUGUUGCUACUUUGACGGGACCGAUUUCAUCCUCGUUCAAAUCCCUGUCCCUGCUAUCGUGGCUCGCAACAGCAUAUUUGAUUUCCAAUGCGGCUUGCCAGCCCCUAGCUGGGCGACUGACAGACAUAUUUUCGCGGAAGUCUGGGUUGAUAUUCUCUAAUGUGAUCUUCGCGGCGGGUAAUAUUAUCUGCGGUCUUGCCCAAGCCCAAUGGACUAUUAUAUUGGGACGGGUUAUCGCUGGUAUUGGAGGUGGGGGUCUAACGGUGAUAGCCACGUUUGUCACCUCAGAUUUGAUUCCAUUACGAAAACGUGGGGUCUGGCAGGGCAUCGGCAACAUCUGCUUCGGCGUCGGCAGCGGACUAGGCGGCGUAUUUGGCGGUUGGAUUAACGACACGCUAGGAUGGCGGUGGGCUUUUUUGAUCCAGGUUCCUUUUGUUGUGGUGUCCGCUAUCUUGGUGGCCUUGACCGUCAAAGUCCCUGUAAAAGACACACAAAAGGACAAGCUCAAGCGCGUUGAUUUCCUUGGUGCUAUCACCCUAGUCAUUACCCUUGUUUUGCUGCUUCUCGGUCUCAAUACAGGAGGAAACCAAUUACCCUGGGCACACCCUCUUGUUCUCACGACGCUUCCACUUUCUGCUGUCGCGCUGGGCAUAUUCGUCUAUAUCGAAGCGAACGUCGCAUCCGAACCCGUCAUCCCGGUCCGUCUAUUGCUUGAUCGCACUGUGUUAUCGGCAUGCCUGACCAAUUGGUUCACUACGAUGAAUGUUUUUGGGCUUCUUUUCUACGUUCCGAUAUUCUUCCAGGUCCAAGGCAUGUCUACAACUGCCGCAGGAGCGAGGUUGGUCCCUCAAUCUAUCGGCAUCUCCAUCGGGUCGCUAGGAACAGGCACGCUCAUGCGUUUAAGUGGCCGCUAUAAAAUGUAUAGUCACGUCACUAUGCUACUUCUGGUGGCUGCCUCGGCCUUGAUCUGUACCUUACGGCUCAGCACCCCAAGCGCUCUUCCUUUUCUUUACUUUUUGCUAUCUGGGACAGCUUACGGAGGGAUUCUCACCAUAACCCUAGUUGCGCUUAUCUCAGCAGUCGACCAUGACCAUCAUGCAGUUAUCACCUCCGCUUCCUACGCAUUCCGUAGCACUGGCAGCUCAAUCGGUAUCACCAUUGCAUCUUCUGUCUUCCAGAAUGUCCUCAAAACUGGACUCUGGUCGCGCUUCGGUGACCGUGAGAAUGCCCGAGAGGUGAUUGGUCGCCUCCGUGACAGCCUUGGAGAGAUCCAAAAAGCACCAGCAGACUGGAUACCUGGUGUUGUGGAUGCAUAUAUGGACUCGCUGCGCGCUACAUUUAUCACAUUGCUUGCUCUUGCUAUCCUUGCAGCAUUGGUCAGCAUUGGCAUGCGGGAGCAUAGGUUGCAUUCGAACUUGGCACGAACGGAGGAGUAGACAGGGAUCGCCCCCUAUUCCAUGAUUCACAAUUGAAGGUAUUUUAGCUGGAAGGAAGGGGCAUAGAGGUCACGUAGACUACAGUAUCUAGCCGAGACAAUAGAAUACAUCAUACAUUAGAAGCUAAAUAUAGAGUAGUAACUACUGAAUCCCAUCAAAACAAUGUUAUAUCAUAUUACACGAGUGU